AUGUUCGCGUUGGUGAGGACUUGGGCUGGUUGGGCUAACCUAGCACUAUGGAACCCGACGCAAAUACUGUUGAAUCCCGUGAAUGAUUUAAGAAUCGGGAAAUUGACUAAGAAAGACGCGGGGGGCGUAAAAUACGAAUUUAUUGCACUAGAAGAUGGCACAAGCUCGACUGAAGUUAAAACUGCUGUCAAACUUAGCGUAUCUUUAACUGCGCGCUAUCAAGAUCUACGAGUUGCUGUCGUCAUGCUAAGCCUUGUGAUUCUACCGGCGAUUGCUGUGGCAGGGCGUAGUGCCUGCUCCCCUCUCGUAGCAUACGCGGCGUUGAACGCGACGCUGAACGAGUUACUUCUUCAUAUGUUUGAGCCUGCUCCUAUCGAUGUCGAACUUACGAAUAUACUCGGUAAUAAACCGUGGAUGGAGAAGUUUAUCGACACGUCAGAAGAAUACGAGCGGUUUGGAGACGAUACGAUGUUCAGACGCACCACAGGAUUCAAUGGAGAGCUCGCAUUCAACGUCAGUAUUGACGAUGACAAUCCGCCGAAUGUCUUACUCAUUGGCGUUGAAUCUUUCCGGUAUCGCGAUUCACGCUACCUCGUGGGAGAAGAAGACCCUUCUAACUUGUUCAAAGGUACAAAUUUGACAAUAACUCCGAAUUUUGACAGAUGGGCGAAGCGCGGAGUUGCAAUGCGCAAUAUUUGGUCCAGUUACCCGACCAGUCGAUCUCUUGAAAGCGUGCUGUUCGCUCAGGUCCCUUACCACAGCAAUACGCAGACUGGAAUCACUGGAGGAAGCGAACAAAUCAAGCUGUCAGGACUUCCACAACUCUUCUCUGCAAAGGGAUACGAAACUUAUUUCACGACUGGAUCCUCGUUAGAUUUCGAUGCUUGGGAUAUCUUCCUCCCGUCGCAUGGCUACGAUUACGUAUGGGACUCCGAAGCGAUGGCAAUAAUGGCGGAAGAGAGCCUCAAUAUCAGUCCCGAGGACUGGCUCGGUGAUGAAGCGCGAGGUUUUGGUUGGGGUGUGCAUGAUGACCUCAGUUUUCAACUUCUAGGCGACUUUCUACUGAAAAAGAGAAGCGAAAAGAUCGAGAAAACAGCUCAAGGAGAGACCAAAAAGCCCAUGUUUAUCACGCACUACACAAUUUCAAGUCAUGCGCCCUUUGGGUCAUUUCCAAGAUGGUACGACGAGGCUGAAAAACCGGAUUUUUCGGCCAUGUAUCAAGGCGAAAUGUACGCAGACAGGAUCGCAAGAUACUUGCAAGUGAGGUAUUUUACGGACACGGAACUCGGCAAGUUCAUGGACCGCAUGGAGAAAGAGGGAAUCCUCAAUGACACCAUCGUUGUCAUCUUUGGAGACCACGGCCAAGCACCAGAAAUUGUAAAUUUAAACUUGCACGAGGAAUCUGUAACGCGAGUGCCAGCUGCUAUCAUUGCUGAAGGUCGACUAGGUGAUGCCGUGGGGCUUGUGAUCAACGAUGUAGCAGAGCAGUACGAUCUUCUCAACACUCUCGCCGACAUUACUGGCUUACCGAACGGAGGAUUUCAGCAGAAUGGCGUUGGACGGUCACUGAAGCGGAAAGCUACUGACAAGCGUGUGGUGUUCAGUAAUGACCCGCUGCGCAAGAUGGCGAUUGUGCGCGGACAGCAGCGUCUCCGUUACGAUGAAGUUACGGAGUCGAUGAUGCUGCACGAUACUGAAUUGGAUUUCCACAUGACCACAGAUCUGUUACCUUUUCUUACGCCAGAAGAACGGGCUGAAUGGGAAGCGUUGCGAGAGGAUGGCCGUAGCAUUACCGCAUACUACAAGAAGCGGUGGGACGAGAACUGUCUGCUCGCUGUCCAGUGCAAUACUUAA